AUGGCCGACCAACUCCCCCAUCCAACUAUUGUCAUGACACCGCCGCCAGUAUCGUCGACGUCGAACCCUCGCCGACCACCCGCUCACCGCUCUGUAUCCCUUCUGCAUUCGCCUCGACGUAAACCACCGCCAGCGAGAGAGCCGAGCGAUUCUUCCAGCGAUGGCCCCGUUUCAAGCACGAGGAAGGUAAAUGGCUCCAUGAAUGGCUCCAAGGGUUCCAGCGAUUCGCCAUCCAGUUUGCAACCGCUCGGAAGAGAUAGUUCUGGCGAGAGCAGCAAUGCUGAAAAGUGGUUCGAAAGGUCCAACAACGAGGUGCGCGACAACAGCGCUCCUUUUGCCGACAAUGACCCUCCGUUUUUCAUGCGCAACUCGUCAUCGUCCGAGACCCCGCCAGAGGCCCAACAGCAGAUGCGACAGUUUCUUGGAGUCAACGACGGUUCAAACUCUUUGCCUCUGCGAACUGGUCUUAUGCACCUGGGUACAGAUGGCAGCAGUACAGAGGACUUCCGCAGCGUCAUCGAUGAUCUCACGAUUGAGAACAAGAAGCUGAAGAGGAGGCUGAAGAAGUACGAGAAACUCCACGAUUCACACCUCCGCGAUGAGAAGUUGUUCGAAGUCAGGAUACAUGGCUUGCCGGCAGAGAAGAAGCGCGAAUUGGAGGAGACUUUGCGCAAAUUCGCAUCCAGCCUGGGAACCAACGGCUUCCCAGCCAACGGCUACGAGGGUCUCUUACCAGUGCUACCGACGCAUAAAACCGCAUCAUCGCAGACAUCUCUACAAAACACCGACUCUGCCUAUGCAUCCAUGUCGGCUUCUGGUCAAGGUUCAUCCGCGCUGUCCGGCGGCGAGACGAGGUAUAAUAAGCAGCAGCAGCAGAGUGGAGUGAAUACGGCGUCUCGUCGACAGAACAUCCAUUCCUACCUGCAUCACAUCCCCGAAGGACUUUUACCUCAGCCCAACCCAACGAACAUGACUGAACGUGCGAAGAAGAAGCUUGUUGUUCGACGUCUUGAACAGAUCUUUGCCGGCAAAGGCGCUAUGCUCGGAGCACACCAACAUCCCAUGCAGCAGCAAGAAGUCUCACAUAUGGCGGCUCGAGCAGAUAGGGCGGCCAACGAAGCGCAAGGCCAGAGGAGUGGCUUGGAAGGUUUCCGUGAGGCCCACAUCAUGAGCCAAAAAGCAGGCGACGCCGCAGAGUUGGCGGAAGCUCAAAACAAAGGCGGCCAAAACGAGCCUUCGGUGGAAGAGUCAUCCCAGGAAAAGCCAACACACCCUCUUACCGAACAAGCUUUACGCGCGAAAGGAAACAAUGGUGAUCAAAGGCCAACCCGUCCACUUGAUCUUGACCCAGACCGCGCGCAAGUACCUGCGGAUAACAUCCGAUAUAUGCGUCACUUGGGCUUUUCCCCUCCGGAUCCAGCAACAUCGACUUCACCCGAGGAAGGACAUGGCUGGGUCUACCUCAACCUGUUGAUCAACAUGGCACAAUUGCAUACCAUCAACGUCACGGCAGACUUCGUGCGUAAGGCUUUGACAGAGAUGAGCUCCAAGUUUGAGUUGUCUGACGAUGGGCGAAAGGUUAGAUGGAAAGGGGGCAAGUCCGUGACGCGGACAAGCAGCAGUGGAGGAGGCUCAUCGAACGAGCGUACCAGCAACGACACUCCUGACCGUAUCAGCCCUCGCAAGCGACCGAAGCUAUCCCACCGUGACAGUCAUCGAUCUGGCACCUCUCAUGCAAAGGCUGGUGCUUCAAAGUCUGCACGCACUCAGGCGGAGAACAAGGUUGUGUACACCCCACUGUUCUUCCACAAGGAUAGCACCGAUAGGACUGAAUCCUCAUCGGAAGAGGAAGAGGAUAGUGAAGAGUCCCCUUAUCCCAUGCCCCUCGCGGGAGACUCCUCAGGAAUGACCAGUUCGGGAAUUCGUACUAUAUCGACUAGACGCAAGAAGCAGCAAGAGGAUGGACCCAUUAUCUUCUACAACAAUGCCCGGUUCUGCACGGAUCUCAGUGGGGACCGCAAAGCGAUCGGAAAUGCUAACGCGCCUCCUUACACCACAGUCACCUCAACACCCGUCGGACAACCCCAAAAACCCGCAGCUGCUGGCUUGUUUGAGAGGCGAGGACCAUUGGCCGAAGCUGUCGAACUGCCAGAGCCCAUGGACAUCGGCGAUAACCCAAUACCUGCCUCCAUGGAGCUUUCCUUCCCACCGCGCUCGCCUAUGGAAUCUCAGAAGAGGAAGUUCGACCCCGUAGAGAUGGAAGUCACCGGCAUUGGCGGCGUUUGGCCCGCAGACAAUUUCGCUAUCGCGGUGGAAAGUCGCCACGCCCGCAUUGAUCAAAGCUCAGCACCUUCUGUUAAGGACAACCUUCCUAACAAGCGAAUUCCCGAGAAGUUCGCCCGCAUUCUGAAGGACUCUGGUCCUGGUCGCAAAAUCCGCGGGGCAAUGCAUAAACAGCAAAUUGUGGCGACAAAUGUCAAGCAACUUCCUCCUUCCGAACUGCCACCAGCGUUGGGCUUCCCCUUCGGCGACGACUCCAUGGGCGACGAUGAGUCUGAUGUGGACGAUGAUAUUUCGGUCUCGCCAGAAUCACCUCACGCCUUCCCACCCUCAGCGGCUCCACAGCCAGUCGAACUGCACUACACGUCUUCGGACGAAGAGGAGGAUGACGAGGACGAUGAUGACGAGAGUGAUGAUGGGUCGCUUGAUCUCCUUGCUGCUGCUCGCCAGAUUGACCCUGAAGCGAUUCGCGAGCAAGAGAGGGAGUAUGAUGCAAACGUCGCCGAGCGCUUGGCUGAGGAGAUUCCUGCCGGCAGUAGUGCUGCAACAGCAGGUGGUGGCAGCGGUUUCGCAUCACCAGCAAGUGGUAUGAAUCGCGAGGAUUAUCAGCGUGCUUUGAAGGAGGCCAGAGCUCGUCCAGCGGAUCUCAAGCGGUCCAAGACAACGGAUAGCAUGAAGGUCCAGAAACCUGCACAAUCUUCUGCAGAGGACUCGGAUGAAGAGAUGGAUCAGUGA